GCAAUAGGUAGUCUGUAACGAGAAGUUGCUUGUUUACACAUUUACUCAACAUCGGACAAUAAUGAUGAACAUCAGAGGAAUCGGUGAGCAUCACGGACAGACAAACCGCUCUGUGCAGGUUCAGGUGCAGCCCGCCUGUCACACAGUAACACGCAUCUCCACACCGCAUCUCCGAGAGCAGCUUUCUCCUUUCUAAAGGACCGUUUAUCUUCUUUCCAAUAAGGAAGAACAAGUCUGCACUGGUGAUGGACAGGACACAAGACAUUAUGGCUUUGAUCUGCUUGCUGUUCCUCAAACUGCCAAUGUUUGAGAUGGCCAGUGGGAAAGUCUUAGAGGAGACUUAUCUGAAGUGGGUCCAGUAUAAAGAAGACUGUAUCAAAAUGAUAGAAAAUGAGCCACUCCUUCAAGCAGGCUUGUUUUGUAACAGGACAUUUGACAGAUACGCCUGCUGGCCAGAUACUCCUGCCGGCACUGUGGUCAACAUUUCAUGCCCUUUUUACCUGCCCUGGUAUGACAAAGUGUCCCAGGGUGUUGUGCGUCGGUGGUGUGGCUCUGACGGCCUCUGGGAGAGAGAGGACAGUGGGCAGGUGUGGAGAGACAUGACCCAGUGUGAGGAGGAAAAAGAGGUCACAUCUCAGGAGCUGUGGUUCAAACAACUGAUGGUGAGCUUCAGGAUGUUGUACACUGUCGGCUAUUCCUUAUCCCUCUUCACGCUCAUAACAGCUCUUAUCAUUCUUCUGAGCUUUAGGAAACUGCAUUGCACCAGGAACUACAUUCAUGCUAACCUCUUCCUGUCCCUCAUCCUGCGAGCUGUAUCUGUCAUUGUUAAGGACACCAUGCUGGAACGCCACUGGGGACGAGAAAUCAUGAAACAGGCCGAUGUGAGGGAGAUGCUCAGUCACCAGGCUGCUAUUGGCUGCAGGGUAGCACAGGCGAUGAUGCAGUACUGUGUCCUAGCCAAUCACUAUUGGUUCUUUGGAGAGGCAAUUUAUUUGUACUCUGUGCUUAUUGCCUCAGUGUUCAUCGACAACAACAAAUACUUACCUUACAUCUGUCUUGGCUGGGGAACUCCACUUCUAUUUGUGACUCCCUGGGUAGUGAUGAAGCUGUUGAAAGAAAACAAAGAGUGUUGGGCUGUCAAUGAGAACAUGAACUACUGGUGGAUCAUUCGUUUCCCAAUUCUUUUUGCUUCACUAAUCAACUUUCUGAUUUUCAUGAAGAUCCUGAAGGUCAUUCUUUCCAAAUUACGAGCCAGCAACCAGAGUGGAUACCCUGAUUACAAACUUCGGCUUGCCAAGGCAACCCUUACCCUCAUCCCUCUGUUUGGGAUUCAUGAGAUCAUAUUCAUCUUUGCCACAGAUGAACAAACAACAGGCAUUCUGCGCUACAUUAAAGUCUUCUUCACCCUUUUUCUCAAUUCAUUUCAGGGCUUUCUGGUGGCUGUGCUCUACUGCUAUGCCAAUAAAGAGGUCAGGACAGAGCUGAAGAGGAAGUUACACAGCUGGAGGAUAGAGGCUGAGAAUGUAUGCUGUGGACAGUGACUAGCCGUCUCUCGAGUAGACACUUUCUCCAUUGCCACAGUGCCGGAGCGCAACAGAUCCUCCGCUACGACGACGAGGGCAAUUCCUGAUGGUCCACCCACUCCCGAGAGUUCACUCAAUUUUAGACGUCAAGUUCAGCCAACUUCCCCUCAGCCUGAUGAGUCUUUGUUGCACUGUCCAUCAGUGGUAAAUGGAGACAACACCCUGCAGUGUGGGGAUCAGGAUGACACUGGACAAUCGUCUGGGGCAAUGCAAGUGUCCUUCCUCAUUCAUCUUCAAGACCCUGUGGAGUUACUCCCACAUGUUGUAAAUGUAGAUUCAGACUAAAGACAUUCUUGCAUUCACUGUACAUUUUAAGAUUGUGUUUUUUUGUGAAUAUUCAAAAUUGUAGUAAUUGGUAUUAUGCAAGUUGUAAAACUGUGAAUAUCUGAAUAAGUGAUUGUGAUCAUGUAACACUUGGGACAUCUUUACGUAAAUAAUACAAAUGGAGUAUAAAAUUUAAAAGGAUAUUUGUUUAUAUUGAUUCUUUCAGUGUGUGAUGGAAGGAGAUGCAGGAUGGGUAAUUCAUUACCUAAGAAAGUAGUGUAGGGAUGAU